AUGCCGAUUUGUGGUAGUAGUCAGAAGACAAUCCAACGUAAAAUUGUGAUAUUAGGUGAUGGUGCAUGUGGUAAAACCUCCUUAUUAAACGUUUUCACUAGGGGGUAUUUUCCUCAAGUAUACGAGCCAACAGUAUUUGAGAACUAUGUGCAUGAUAUAUUCAUUGAUGGCCAAUCAGUACAGUUGUCCUUGUGGGAUACUGCUGGACAGGAAGAAUUUGACAGACUUAGGUCACUUUCAUAUUCAGACACCCAUUGUAUCAUGUUAUGUUUUUCGGUGGAUUCUCCCGACUCCUUGGAAAAUGUCCAAUCGAAAUGGGUCGGGGAAAUCGCUGAUCAUUGUGAAGGUGUGAAGUUGGUUUUAGUAGCAUUGAAAUGUGAUUUGAGAAAUAAUGCUCAAAAUGAUCUUGAAAACAAUGAAGAUGAAUCAACGAAUCCUUAUUCACAUUCAUCAGAUCCAUAUCACCACCAAAAGAAGCUCAUCAGUUAUGAAGAAGGAUUAGCGGUUGCUAAAAAGGUAGGUGCAUUAAGAUAUUUAGAAUGCUCUGCUAAGAAAAAUAGAGGAGUCAACGAAGCAUUUUCAGAAGCAGCCAGAUGUGCGUUGAACGCUAAACCAAAGGGUGCCAAUGAUAACGAACCCGAGAAAAGGGCGUGCGUUAUUAUGUAA